GCGGCUGCGUGCCGGUGAGGAAACUCCUGUGUGUCUGCUCCGUAAGCAGCCCAUCUUACUGCAGUCUUCCGCGCAUAUUCGCGUACCCCAGCGUGGGCUACUCUUCGGAACGCUGUCAGCAGUGACGCCAUUUGGACCACGGAGAAUGUCCACGAACUCACCUCGAGGAUGUUCAAGCCAGUGCUGCUCCUGCUGCUCCUGACACUGUCAGGACUGCAAGCUGCCCCCAUCUCACCUCUGAGAAGAUUUCCCAAGGUGUCGUCGACCUUCGGGCUCUCUGAUGGCUCUCAGCAGAACGACAUCCUUGGAAAUCUUCCGGAUGGCUUUCAGCAAGGUACAGAGCCCUCCAAAAGAUUCUUUGACAAUGGCCUGGUGCAGGACCACAUCAGCGAGAUGAACAGGAAGACAGCUUUCGUCCAAAACCUUCUUGGAGAGGGUUUGGGAGAGAUGGAGACAAAACACUGGCGAGCAGAUGACGUCCCCAUUGACGUGCCAGCUCAGAGGAAUGGAGGUGGUUGGGUUCGAGUUGAGGAACCCUCUUCUUCUUUUCACCUUCCAGAUGGUUUCAGACAGGGAACCGAACCCUUUAUGUCGAUCCAAGAUGGUUUCAGACAGGGAACCGAACCCUUCAUGUCGAUCCCAGAUGGUUUCAGACAGGGAACCGAACUCUUUAUGUCCAUCCAAGAUGGUUUCAGACAGGGAACCGAACCCUUCAUGUCGAUCCCAGAUGGUUUCAGACAGGGAACCGAACCCUUUAUGCCGAUCCCAGAUGGUUUCAGGCAGGGAACAGAACCCUUCAUGUCAAUACCAGAAGGUUUCAGACAGGGAAGCGAACCUUUUAUGCCGAUCCCAGAUGGUUUCAGGCAGGGAACAGAACCCUUCAUGUCGAUCCCAGAUGGUUUCAGACAGGGAACCGAACCCUUUAUGCCGAUCCCAGAUGGUUUCAGGCAGGGAACAGAACCCUUCAUGUCGAUACCAGAAGGUUUCAGACAGGGAAGCGAACCUUUUUUGUCGAUCCCAGAUGGUUUCAGACAAGGAAGCGAACCUUUUAUGUCGAUCCCAGAUGGUUUCAGACAAGGUACCGAACCUACAGUCUCUAACAUUAGUGGCUUUGGAUGGGAAGCUGAGCCCUUAGCUUCUAUGCCUGGUGGUUUCAGGCAGGGAAUCGAGCCGACUAGCUCUAUCCCCAGUGGGUUCAGACAGGGAACAGAACCAUCUCUUCACAUCCCAGAGGGCUUUAGGCAGAAGUCAGAACAAACAAAAAACAAAAAGGGACAGGACCAUUCCACCUCCUGGCUCCAAACACAGACAUGUAAAGGAGAGGUCAUUAAUGGAAAGUGCUAUGAGUUCAACCCAACACCACUUGCGUUUAAAGAAGCACAGGAUUUAUGUAAAGCUCAUAACCCACACGCAGAGCUGGCAUCUGUAACAAGUGGCGACCUUCAUUCCCGCCUAGUUUCCAUGGUUACAAACGGCGGUGAGCGCAGCCCACAGCUGACGUGGCUAGGGGCCACAGUUAAGAACCAGCAGGCCUCAUGGCUCGACGGCUCAGAGAUGAAUUACAGUGACUGGAUGCCGGGUCAGCCCAACAUUCACACGGACAAGCCUGUCUGUGUGGAGAUGUUCAAGAUAGAUGAAAGCUGGUGGACGGCCGCUGACUGCGAUCUGAAGAGAGCAUCCAUCUGCUCGUACUCUAUCGUUGCAUAAAAAUCAACAUCUUGUUCUUGACAUUGUUCCAAAACACCAUCACACAGCAAUGCUGAUUAAAACCAUGAA